AUGGCUAACCCCAUCUCCGGCUUCCUGUCGCUCAUUUUCAGGAGCAAGGAUUUGGUGACAUUAAAUGGGCUGGUGGCUUUGGGCACCACGGGUGGCCAGGAGCUCUUCUACUUCAUCAUCCUCAACAACCAAAGCAGAUUCGAGUGCCGGUGCUUCAGGACCAAGAAAUGCCCAUGUAUCCUAUAUUCCAUCGUGGGCCGCGCAGCCGUGGCCCCCCUCACCUGGUCUUUCAUCUCCCUGCUGCGCGGGGACGCCUACGUCUGCGCAUUCAGCGAGUUUGUGGACCCGUCCUCGCUCACGGCUGAGAACGAGAGCUUCCCUCUCUCCCACGCCACACAGAUCCUGGCCAGGUUCCCUUUUGGGGAGAGCCCUGACAACCUGUCGGGCAUCCGGGAGGAGGUGAGCCGCAGGCUCAAGUUUGAGUCUCAGCUAUUAUGUUGGCUGCUCAUCUGCAUAGUGGCCAUGGUGGUGUUCCUGAGCAAGUGCCUCAAGGCCUGCUGCUUGAAGCUCGGCUACCAACAGGAGGCCUACAGGGCCCGCUACCUCGCCAAGGAGGAACAGCUCUGCGACUUCUUCGGCUACGUGGCGCUCAGCCAGAGGGACCAGGCACUAAUGGCCAAGUUCCCAAAGCAAGGUACACAGCGUUGUCUACAGUGGGACAAAAUCACUGGCAGCUCCGAGUACCAGGAGAUGCUGGGCAUCCCCCUCUACAGCCGCCUGCACAAGUGGGCCUUCUGUCAGCCUGACAUCGACAAGGAGUUCAAUAUGACCCUACUUCCCGACACGUAG